GCUGACUUAAACUGCAAUAUUCAAGAUGAUACAGGAGCAUUUUAUGGAGUCACUAGUCAGUACGAGAGCUCAGAAAAUAUGACAAUCACCUGUUCCACCAAAGUCUGCUCAUUUGGAAAGCAAGUAGUAGAAAAAGUAGAGACUGAAUAUGCAAGGUUUGAGAAUGGCCGAUUUGUGUACAGAAUAAAUCGCUCUCCAAUGUGUGAAUAUAUGAUCAACUUCAUACACAAGCUGAAGCAUUUACCAGAGAAAUACAUGAUGAACAGCGUGUUGGAAAAUUUCACAAUUUUAUUGGUUGUAACAAACAGGGAUACACAAGAAACCCUGCUCUGCAUGGCUUGUGUAUUUGAAGUGUCGAACAGCGAACAUGGAGCACAGCAUCAUAUCUACAGGCUUGUAAAGGACUGAGCAGUUAUUUAUAUAUACACUUCAUUUCACUUCUUUAUCAAAACACAGACUGUAAACCUCAACACUAAGUGGCAGUGCCUCUGGCCCAACUUUCACCCACAUUUUUCUAAAUCCUGUUUUAGUGAAGUAAUUUUUAAUGUGUUCAUAUAUAAUUGUAGCUGUGAAAUUCUGGUACAGUUGUAAAAAUUAUUUCUAAAACUAAGUGUUCUUCAAAUUUGUAAACCACGGUUCUUUGGGAAGACUGUAUUUAAGAACCUAACGCCUCUGUCUAUGGAGGCCUAUUUUUAAUUCUGAUAGAAAAAUGUAUGACAGAGCAUUUGCCAUGGGGAAAAACUGACAGCAUUUUAAAGAAUUUAUUUUGUUUUUUUCCAACACGAAAUACUGGUUUUACAAUGCAAGUGAAAUUGAAAUGAAUCUUUAGCUGUAACUGUAAAUGAAUACACAAAGUUAAUAAUCUUUAUAGAAUUAUCUUUGUAACUAAUUAGGGUGGAAGAUAUCGACGAAUGUAAUUCACUAAAUUAUUUUUUAAAAUGAAACAUUUUUCUGUUUGAAACCAAAUGAAAAAUAUAGCCUUAAGAAAUGCCUGAUAGAAACAGACAGGUCCUAAAAUUAGGCAAAUUUUGUAUUUUUUUCUCAAUGCUAAAACUAAUCUUCUAAUCCAAUAAACUU